UCCUCCGAGCCCCCCCUUCCCACCCACGAUCCAGGCAUCCAGCCGCGUCGCGCCCCUUGCGGCGCUCCUCGAGCCUCUUCGGAGGAGUGAGCCGGGAUCGGACGCCAUCGUCUCCCUCCGCGGCAGCCGUCAGACUGUCGGGGUCGGAUCCGGCUGCUCCCCUCCCCUCUCGCCGACCGGCCAGCCAUCUGGCCCUCGCGAUGAAGCUGUAAUCGUCUUGUUAUGGCGCAGCCCUUGUCUUGGCCAGACCUACCUCCAGAGCUCCUAGGCCUUGUCCUCAAGCGCCUUCCAAACCUAGCUGAUCGUGUUCGGCUGAGAGCAGUCUGCCACCCAUGGCGCUCCAAUGCUCUGUUGCAACCCCUACCUCCUCCGCUCCCAUGGCUCGCCCUCCUCGAUGGGACUUUCCUGAGCAUACCAGAUGGUGAAAUUAUCGAAAUGCCUGUACCAGAUGAUGCUUGUUGCUAUGGCUCUGUUGACAACUGGCUCUUCCUUGUGGACAGUGAUGGUCAGUGCUCACUGAUGAACCCUUUUUCUGAGGACACACUGAAGCUUCCUGGCCUAGCCACUGGUUGGCAUAUAUGGUUGCCUGAUUCCUCUGAGUUCAACCCUGUUUUCUGCAAGUUAGCGGUUCCCUCACCCCUGGAGCCGCCACUGGUUCCUCUCAUUGCCAUCAGGCAUGAGUCGUGGAGUCUUUGUAUUUUCCAGCCACCAGAUGUUGCUGACACAAUCCAAGGAAAGGAGCCGUUAGAGCCCCUAUCAGAGAUUUCAUUCUUUGGUGGAAAGUUGUAUGCAAUUGAUUGCUUCAGGAAGCUCGUAAAUAUUGAGCUUGUCAAGGGCCUUGGACACAUGUUGAAGAUCUCAUCUUUCAAAUGCAUCAUUGACUGCUGUGAUGAUUUAUCGAGUAGGCCUAAAGCUACGUCCAGUGAUGAGGAGUAUUUUGUCAAGCCAUACCUUGUUGAAUGUGCUGGAAAAUUGCUGAUGGUGAGACGAUGGAUUUGUGGCUUACACCCUGCGCCAUGUAUCAAUUAUGAUCAUACUAUUGCAUUUGAUAUCUUUGAGGCAAACUUGAGCAGCAAGCCUUGUCGAUGGAGAGGUGUCAACGAUUUGGGUGGCCAUGCUCUCUUUGUCAGCUCCAGUUCCUCCAAAUCUUUUCCAGCUGGAGAAUGCAGUGGAGUUCAAGAGAAUUGCAUCUACUUCAUGAACGAGUUUUCUGGGUUGAAACUUGUUGCAGAUCCUCUUCAUGACUCUGGUAUGUACAACAUGGAAAAUGGAGUGAUCACUCCUUUGCUGUCAGAGACUGCAGCAGUGCCGUCAAAUCAUGUCGGUCCGUGGCAUCCGACAUGGCUCUUCCCAACUCAAGCUAUGUGAUAGGCUGCCCAGUAUAAGUUUCUUUUGCUGUUACAGUGUUGUUGCACAUUAUCUAGUACACUGGUCUCUGCUUAUCGGCAUCUCAGUAUAAGUUUCUUAUCGGCAUAUCAGCACCAUAAUACUUGCUCUUAGUGAUGUGUGGUUGAACCAUAUUAAUUACUAGCUACUCUCGUCUCUCUAGGACUCUUUAAGUAUUGUUAUAUAUGCACGAGCUAUAUUUGAUGCU